AUGGCACACUUUCUGCUGCGUUCCGCCAAGUUUCACCAAACUCACCUCGUGGGUCGGCUGAAGCUCUUGGAGAAGCUGGUGGAAAUGCACCGUGAAACAGUUGCUAAGAUUAGUACUGGUGACGGUGUUGGCGAGGCUGUUGUUACCAAAGACGUGGACAACAAGCGCAUCAGUUACCGUCACCUCUGUUCCAGCCUCAUCUUCACUCGACGUCAUGUCUACCCCCCUGAACAGCCCGUCUUUCCGCACAAUCUUGUAUCUGAGGAUGCUAUGGCAACGCGAUUUCGAAGGAAUCCCACAGCAUUUACAAACGUCACUGGAUCCCCUCUUAAGGUCAUGGGAGUGACUGGUCAACGAGCCGAGGAGGUGCAGAUUAGCUCUUUUGCCUGUCUCAUGGAAGCCAACAUCAAAGCCAGUCGACUUGCCCGACGUGUAUUCAUCACAGUAGCGCGAGCUCUGCUUCAAGAGCCCCGUUCUUCCUCCUUCUCCUCAUCCAAUGGCAGUUCUCUCCCCGAUGCCGAGAGCUUUGUCAGUGCUGAAAUCAAGCUCCUCGAUGUCAGUCUGGCAGCCAAACUACGUGCCAAAUUAGCCGAUCUUCUUAACACCAACACCACCACUACCAGCAGUUCCGCAGCCACUAUCACCGCAUCCAACCCCAUCAGCGCCAGUGGUACCGUAACUGCUACGACCACCACUGUAACUACUAAUAUUACCGCCGUCUCAACUACCACGCCGCCUCAACCACCACCACCGCCCGAGCAUGAAGUCCCACCCGUUCCCCCACCUCGGCGCUUUUCCCAGAGCAAGACACCUGCUCGAGCCCCGUCAAAUAGCACGAGGAUAAUUACUCCCAACGGUGUUCGAGUUGCCCUUGAACCCGCUUACGACCACGUAGCACUCUCGGAAACCGCUGGCGUCUACAGUAGCAGUGAGGAUGAGGAGGAUGGAGAAGGUGGGGACGAAGAACCGCUGGAAAAACUGGAUUGGGAGGAGGUGAGAACAACACAGCAACCACAGCAGCAUCAGUAUCAAGGAAAAAGAGAGCCUGUUAAGUAUACAACAUCAGCCUCUGUCCCGGUCACUCCAAGUCCAGCAGAACUGUCAGCUCUGAAAACGGCCCUCCGACGAGCCGCCUGGUCACCAGUACCCCUGGUGACGAUUCCGAACCUUGCACAGGCGUUGGACGCUAAGGAUCCACUGAAAAGCGAGUACCGAUACAAAGAGGGAGUUGAUUGGUUGCUAGGACCCUUUCUUGGCAAGGGUGCAUUUUCGCUGUGCUACCAAGCCCGCGACAUUAGGACGGGCACGUUGAUGGCGGUGAAGCGGCUGCGGUUCGUGGGUGAUUCCUCUGCCGAGGCGAUGGAGCAACUGGCGACGGCUAGGGAGGAGGUGGAGAUAAUGCGACGACUGUAUCAUCCAAACGUCCUACGUCUUUUCGGUAUCGCCUACAACCCCGAGAAGAAGCACGUGGACAUUUUCGUGGAAUGGAUGCCGGGGGGAAGUAUUACGAGUUUACUGAAUCAGUAUGGCGCAUUCACAGAACCCGUCUCCUUAGCAUACACUCUGCAGGUGGUUAGGGGCAUCUCUUGUCUUCACAAACACGGUAUUCUUCACAGAGACUUAAAAGGUACAAAUUUAUACCGCUUUUGA